GUUACCCCUCUUACUGCCUGAGGGGCAAGGGUCGUUUUCUAUGAACAUUAUAACGAACAUUAUAGCAAAGCAUUGUAUAAUAAUAUUCAUUAUAAACUACGGGUGUUUAUUUUUGUUAUGAGUGGUAACCAACAACAACAAAUAGUAGUAAAAAUGACUUGAACAAUAAGCAUUACAUUCUGAAAAUAUUUUAUAUAUAACAUUUAUUAAAGAAAAACAUCUAAGAUCUAACAUCUAAAAACCAAAAUGGAUUUUUACUAUGCAGACUGCAGCAUGUGACUCUGAAGUCUGCACAUGAACCCCAACUAUAAUCAUUGCACAUGUAAAACAUAUCGUUAGUGUAAGUGAGCAGAUGACAGGUCAUAUGUGGGUCAAAGGUCAGCGCAACAUACGUGUGUGGCACAAGAAUUAGCAGUGAACGAAGUAUAUUGUGAUUGACAUGGCUCAAAUGCCCAACUCUCUGGAUAUGAUGGACGAGGUCACAGCUAACCUGUUGGAGCCGGCAGCUUCGACGGGAAGAUUUGUAAACACCGAAGGCACUACAGACGCUCUCUGGGAUACAGAAGACACAUCGGAGGCGCUGACGGAGACCAUUCUGGCGACUCUGAACCUCAACGUGUCAGCGUGGGAGGGCGGAGUACUGCCGCGGGAGAAGUGCGACUUCCUGCUGGAGAUCAACUACUCCCUGCCCAACCUGACGUGUUUGAACCACGCCCCGGAGUUCACUUCGGAGUCUCAGGUCCGCAGCAUCGUGCUGGCUGUGAUGGCCGCGCUCUCUCUGGUGGGCAACACCGCCACCAUCGUCAGUAUAGCCAGGGAAAAGAGACGUUCCCGUUCCACCGUCUACACGCUCAUUCACCACCUGUCAGUGGCGGACCUGUUUGUCACGUUCACCUGCCUCACCGCCGAGUCCAUCUGGACCUUCACAGUGCAGUGGGUGGCCGGAAACUUUCUUUGUAAGCUCAUCAAGUACCUGCAAAUGUUCAGCUUGUAUCUCUCCACCUUCAUCUUGGUUCUCAUCGGAGUGGACCGGUUCACUGCGGUGAGGUACCCGAUGAGACGAUCCGGCACUCAACGGCACUCUGGCUACGGCAUCAUCUUCGUCUGGGUCUUGAGCGCUGUCUUGAGCAUACCUCAGGCGCUGGUGUUCCACGUGGUGAGAGGUCCCUUCUACGAGGAGUUCUACCAGUGUGUCACCUACGGCUUGUACUCUCCCGCCUGGCUGGAGCAGGUCUACGGCAUCUUCAGCCUCGUCUGUAUGUUCGUCUUGCCUCUCCUCGUCCUCCUCGUCACCUACGUCUCCACAUUCAUCACCCUCCACAAGAGCGAGAAAGUGUUCAGGAGCGAGCGAACCACUUUAGGGAACACUUGCCCAGAAUUCAACCGUCGCCGGCUGCUGAGGAAGGCGAAGAUGAGGGCGCUGAGGAUAUCUGUAGUGAUUGUGCUGGCCUUCGUCAUCUGCUGGACGCCCUACUACAUGAUGAUGAUUAUCUUCAUGUUCACGCAAGUGGAAGAGAAUGUGGCGGCGGAGUUGCAGUCUGGCAUCUUCUUCUUCGGGAUGUCCAACAGCCUGGUGAAUCCACUCAUCUAUGGCGCCUUCCACUUGUGUCGCUGCCAUCGACGCAAGGCCUCCUUCAACCUCAUCAUCAUCAACAGAAAUGGAUCAAACCUCCGGUAUCGAGCAAGUGGAAGGAACAGCACACGCUCCACCACCUGUAGGUCUUCGGCCGCCGAGAUGGACACAUCAGUGGUCAAUGUCUUCGAAGACGGGCUUUCAGAGAGAAAAAAGCAUUCGACAUCAGUAAACAACUAUAGGGGAAUAUCCUUGCUCUUUGAUGAGAAGGUUCGCUACUCGUUCCGGCGCCAGUCAAGCCGCCAGCGGUCGCUAGCAUCGCCUCGGGCAGGAGCCCUGGACAUGCACUCAGGACUACACGGAUCCUUCAGACACUCCCGGUACGGCGGCAGCUCUAAGGGCCUCCUGGGUUCCCGCCAUGUUCCUAAGACUUCCCUGAGCUAUCCUCACGAAGGGUUCAGUCCUCUGAGUCAGGGCUUAGCAGAGGAGGAGGAAGAACAGGAGGGGUUGGAAUGGUCUCAGACGCACCAGGGGAGUCGUGCAGACAGCGGUGUGGCCAGCAGCAACGGCAGAAGAAACUCCUUAGACUCGUGGUCUCGAAGCAAGAACACCCCCGACCUACUUCCGUCAGAUUCAGAGACCGAGAACGUCGUUCCUCCCUCCAAGCUACUCCAACAGUGUCCUUGUAACAGCUACUCUCUUCUGCAAGUUGAUAUGCAGCGGCACUCAGACACUCAACUGUGA